UCUUAGUAAAUAGUUCUGUAUUUAAAAUAUUUUCAGGCACACAUCUAAUACCAGUUUUUUUCAAUUUGAGCUGCUGGGAUAUAUGCUUUCAUUUCAUAUUUUUAAGAAAACUGAUAUUGUGUAUCAAGUUGUUAGCCAUAUUGUGUUGUUUGAAGAUCACAAAAAUUUUAUUUGAGCUAAUACGCCUUAUUGCCUUUAAUAUCCUUUAAUAUCCGAAAAUAUGUGAUUUAAAUUGAUUUUUCUCCUUUUUUCCCAGUCUGUCUUGAAAGUUUUUGCUUUCAAUGAAAACCUUUAAUUCCGUGUUAUUUGAAUUUUCUGGGUAUAAUCUUUUAUAAUUAGACUUGCGAUGUGGCAUAUAAGUCUUUCUCACCAACUUCGCCGCCAGCAUCAGAAACACCCUGGGGAUCUUUGAGCCGCCGUCGUUGCCUCUUUUCUGAUGUGUGCGGGUCAGGCCCGCCCUCCUCGUUUCCUUACAUUUUUAUUAUUUAUACACUAUAUUUAUAUUUCAUUUGUCUAUUUAUAGUGUUAUUUACGAAGAAAUAAUAUUUAUUUUAAUUAGAAUUAAAAACCGGGAACCGCGCUUUUUCAAUUUCCGAUCACAGCUGUCACGCCAGCGGCCAGCGGCCAGCGGCCAGUCGCCUGUCACCAACACAAUACAAUAAUAUAACCUUGUAAUAGAAUGUAAUAUAUCGAUUUACUUUUACUAAUAAAGUAUUCUAAAAUCUAAACAAUAAAAAAAUGUUGUGAAGAUGAUAAACAUAAUUAUAUAUAUAAAACUGACAGCUAUCAAAUGUGAUCUAUUAAAUUGGUUUGUAGUAGGAAUCUGUGAUGUAAUCUUUCUUAAUUCUUAAUCUGUGAAAUAGGUAAUCGUUUGCAUCCCUACUUCCUUUUGUAGUCUAAUGUAUUGUUUUUUGAGAAGUAAUAUGUUGUAUCCAUUAUUAAAUCUAAAACAUAUUUAAAUGAACGUUGUCUCAGUUUGCAUAUUUUUCAUGUAUAAAUAGACCUGGACUGCUGAAGUUGCUGCUGAGUUAAAGUGAUGAUAUUUGCUGAAACCUUAUUGUUUGCACUUGCUCUGCUAAUUAGCGGCGCAUCGUUUUUUAUUCUUAUAUACUACAUUAUAACGUUAUCGGAUUUGGAAUGUGAUUAUUUGAACGCUCAAGAGUGCUGUGAUAAAUUGAACUACUGGCUUCUACCGAAGUUCAUUUGCCAAUCGUUUACCACAUUUCUGUUAUUGCUACACGGCCAACUGUUAUUGUUUCUAUUGAAUUUGCCUAUGUGUAUUUGGCUUACUUUUCAGUAUUUAACAGUUCCUCAAGGUAAUUUAGGUGCCUAUGAUCCCACGGAAAUUCAUAAUAGAGGCCAAUUAAAGAGAUAUAUGCGAGAUGUACUUAUUCACGUGGGCUAUUACUUAGUAUUUUUUUUUAUAUAUUUGUAUUGUUUAAUAUUGUCUCUGUUAAAGAGUGAUCCUAUUUCAAGAGGAAAUGAUUAUGAGAUUGUGACUAGAAUAUAA